AUGCUUUUCAGGUUUUUAAUUCUUGCCGCGUGUGUUGCCUCGCAAAAAGUCCUCUCUGAUAAUGUCUGGACGUCGACGUCGUCCAACAACAUGGUCCUUGUGACUCCUACAGUCACUGAUGGAGUCACCAUAUCUGCUUCCCCUGUCUCAGACUCGGCUACCGUUUGGAACUCUCUUGAUUCCUCAGGAAUCCCAUACCUGGUUACCCCUUCUGUUUCGGGUUCCAGUACCAUCUCUGCAUCUCCUACUCCAACUGAUACUUCUUACCCAAGUCCGACAGGGGGAGCUCCUCCGGUUCUGCGCUGCAUGAACGACAGAGCAGACGAAUCCAACUAUGGAUAUCCCUUCUGCAUUGCCAACGGCACUGAAAUGAUCGUUGGUGAGACCUACUGGAUCACCUGGGAUCCAGAGUACUGGGGAAGCGAUGACAUCGUCAGAGUCCGUAUUUCAACUAAUGCCUAUCCGGCGGUGGAUGGAGACGAAUCCCUUUUCACUUCUGAUUACGUCAUCAACAACAACGGAUACUUUGCGUGGGAAGUCAAGUCGUCGUACCGCAAGAGCGACACAGAGGGUUACUGCUGGCUGCUGAUUACACCACAGUUAGACUCGACCAGCAAUGCCAAGCAUACAGGAACCACGUACGGGCCGCUGAUUCGGAUCAUCGAGCACGAGUCGGAUGCCUACACUACCAUCAGCAGGAAACCUUCUGACAACGGUGCGACAACAACGUCCAGCAAGUCCAAGGUGAAAAUUAUUGUUCCUGCAGUUGUUGUUCCUGUUGUUGUUUUAGGUUUCUUGAUAGUUGGUAUCGUGUGGUAUUUCCGUCGCAUGCAUGGCAAGACAAGCCUGGCAAACCUCAUUCCUAUGAAGCGACGCGAGGCCGAUGCGGUCAGUGUUACCACGGACGACCUACGCUCGGAGGUCACAGACAUGCGUUCCGAGGUCACCGAUUACUCAAGAAAUACCAAUCCUUUCCAUUAA